UAUUAUUUUGCAGGUAUAUGGGAUAUCAUCACAUUUCUGGUGAAAACUAUUGAUUGCAUCGUUAAAUGGAAAUGGGGAAGCAUCUCUAACCAUACCUACAAAUGCAUUGACUUGAAGAACAAAGACUUGACUGAUAAGACAGAACUUCACUUGAUUGAUGCUGGGAUAGCCAUAAAUUCUGCUUACCCACUUGUCUUACGUCCAGAAAGAAAAGUGAAACUCAUUCUGUCUUUUGACUUUAGUGAAGGAGAUCCUUUUGAGACUAUCAAGAAAGCAAGUCAAUAUUGCAAGGAAAACAAGCUUUCCUUUCCUGAAAUUGGUGCCAUAAAUUGGGACAAGGAUAAAAAGAACCCAGAGGAUUGCUAUAUUGUCCAAGGCAACGGUGGUCCAACUGUCAUGCACUUUCCACUUUUCAACACAAAGAACUGUGGAGGUAAUAUAGCUGAGUGGCAGAAGAGAUAUAGUACCUUCAACAUAUCUUACGAAGAAAAAGACAUCGAAGGUCUUCUGGAAGCAGCCAAAAUAAAUGUGAGAAACAAUGUUAAAAAAAUCCGGCAAGAGUUGGAAACUGCAGCACGUUCUUAACAA